AGUGUCACAAGUCUCAGACGCCCCCACCCCAGCGCCUCCCGGCUGCAGCUGCGCAUCCGGGUUCUUCAGGGUGCGGACGCAUGCGCCUCAGGAGGGCUCCACAGCGGCCCCUGGGGAGUUCCCUGUGGCAGUUAGGGACCAUCGCUGUGGGAGGAGCCACGGCUUCAGGGUGGAAGCACAGCGCCGCAGCUGCCUGCCUCACUGGCUUCAGUGUGGUCGUCUUUGGUGAGGGUGCGAGACCCGUCUUCCGGGAGUGGCCCGCGGCCUCUCAGCCGCAGCCGCCGCCGCCACGCGAGGGGAGGACGCCAGAUACAUCAAAAGGAAAUGGGCUGAAGAUGCUCAUGCAAAGGGCUCUGAUGCUCAAGGAUCCUUUGCUCAUGAAAAUGAUUAGAAAUAUUUCCCAGCAUGAUGAACCCACCAAAAAUCUGUUUACUGUUCACCUUGGGGCAAAGAAGUGCAGAGUCCAGACCACCAGGCUGGGACAUGAGGAGAGGACGUCCACCCAGGGGCCCAGCCACAUCUGGAUGCUGCAUGAGGGAGCAAGAAGUGGAGAGUGUCAGCAGGACUCAGAGGUGAGGAUGCUGCUUGAGAGGCAGCAGGUAAGCAGCUGUGUGACCGCUGAAGAUUGCACACACCAGCUAAAGGGUCAUUUCUACCCCUCCUGUGAAAGGGAGAAAAACACAACUGUGAGCUGCAUCAGGAGAAUCCCAACCUUCCAUCUCACAGCUCUACAUUGCUAGCCUGUGUGUGUGCAGUUUCACAGAGUUUGGAUAGCUGCUCUUAUUUCAGCCACAUUCCUUUCCUGUAUCAAGAAAGCAGAAAUUUUUCCUAAUGCACUGCCUGCCUUUCCCUGGUCCCUGCAUGCGUUUGCUGUGUCUCCCUGAAUUUAUGACCACACGGCUGCAAAGGAGACUCAGAAAGUCAUUGUUUUGAUUUCUUAACUUCUACAGUGAAGGUGACCAAAGCAGAAAUGGGAACGGAUGUUGGAGCUAGUAAAGUAAUAGUAUGUGUUGAACAGGGGAUUAAACACGGGGCAUUCAUGCUGAGUUACAUCCUCAGCCACUACACACAC